CUUUGGCUCGAUUGGUCAGCCUGGCUUGCGCUUAACGGUCGCGGAGGCGGAGCCGAGGCGGUGGGGCGGGCACGCUGCGGGCUGCAGGAGGUGGCCAAGGGAACUCAAAUUUUUUUAUCACCGAUCUCUACUUUGGAUUCUACAAAAGAACUGAUGUCUCUAACAGCCCCUAAAGCCCAGGAUUCCAGCCAGUUAUCAAACAGACUCAUGAUUGAAAAACAGCAGGAGGAAGCAGAAUGGGAGAGCAUAAGUGUGCUGCUGAUGACGCAUGGCUUCAAACCUUUGUGUCUAGUCAAAAGAGCCGACCUCAAAGAUCUCAUCGUUUUUGACAAGCAGUCAUCACAAAGGAUGAGGCAGAAUUUGAAAAUGUUGAUGGAGGAAACAGCCCGUCAGCAGAGCAUGAUACAGGAGCUCAUCGAGAAGAAUCUGCAGCUGAAAAGUGAACUUCAGCUAGAACAGAGCCGAGCAGCACACCAGGAGCAGCGCGCCAAUGACCUGGAGCAGAUCAUGGACAGCGUCAAAUCCAAAAUUGGUGAAUUGGAAGACCAGUCCCUAAACAGGGUUUGCCAGCAACAAAGCAGAAUAGAAGACCUUCAGAAAGAGCAUAAGAUGUUACAGAUGAAAUGCCAGCAUUAUAAGAAAAAACAAAUAGAGCAAGAAGAGACCAUUGCUUCUUUGCAAAAGGAUAUCUACAGGUUUACCAAAGAGGAAGACGAGCGCAUCAUCACUCAAAACAGAGUGUUUGCACAUCUCUGCAGAAGAGUUCCUCACUCGGUCUUGGAUAAACAAUUGCUUUGUCUUAUUGAUUACUAUGAAUCUAAACUUCGAAAACGCCACACAAAAAGGCAGAGCAAGGAAGAUGACAGUCAGUCAGAAGAAGAAAAAGACUAUGGAAGCCUGGAUGCCUCACCAAGUUACAAAGGCCUUCUGAUGUCAUUACAGAAUCAACUCAAGGAAUCAAGAUACAAGAUUGAUGUGCUGAUGGGCGAAAAGCUGAAACUCCAAAAAGAUCUGGAAAGCAGGCCCACAGAACAUGAAUUAAGACUUUAUAAACAACAGGUGAAGAAGCUGGAAAAGGCCCUUAAGAAAAGAGUCAAGUAAUUCCAUUUUGUCAAAGUUUCAGCUUGUAGCUAGGUCCUGUGUUUUAUUAUUUGUUUUUAUAUUCAUCUGCUGUUGUGUACUGUCCUUGGCUUGGCAUUGCCGGGCUGCAGGGGUGUGACAUUACAAGCAUGUUUGAACCAGGCGUGCUAGCAUGAGCCUGUAAAUCCCAGCACCGUGGACUCUGGGCAGG